AUGGCACCCAAGGCGGAGAAGAAGCCGGUGGCGACGGAGAAGGCCCCGGCGGGCAAGAAGCCCAAGCAGGUGCACCCGGACAUCGGCAUCUCCUCCAAGGCCAUGUCCAUCAUGAACUCUUUCAUCAACGACAUCUUCGAGAAGCUCGCCGGCGAGUCCGCCAAGCUCGCGCGCUACAACAAGAAGCCCACCAUCACCUCCCGGGAGAUCCAGACCUCCGUCCGCCUCGUCCUCCCUGGCGAGCUCGCCAAGCACGCCGUGUCCGAGGGCACCAAAGCCGUCACCAAGUUCACCUCCUCCUAG